AUGGUAUUGUGUUCUUGUCUGGGGCCCACUCUGGGCAUGGUUCGCGGUACGCAGGAGGUCCAGCGGCGAUUCAUACUCUUGUCCAUUUUCAGUUUUAUUGGCUCGGGCUCGUACAUGGCAGUGGUUAUGCCACGGUACCUAGUCAUCCGCGCAAGGGCCAGCUAUCAACCAGAGCUGUUUGAUGGUUGGGAGAAGGUGCUCGCAGCACGCAUCGUGCUCUACACAACGACCAUCCUCUCCCUGCACCCACUGUUCGCGCUCCAGUCGCUGGCAGAGGUUCGUGACGAGGAGCGGCCUGUCAAGAAGUGCUGA